AUGUGCGCUGCCUUCUCCAGUCCUAACCACGGAGGUCCAGGCUACGGCUUCAACUAUCCUCCACAUCCUUCCCAGCCUGUACCUGGAGGAUACGGUCCAACGACAGCCUACCUUGCUGGUCCUCCCCCUCCCCCUCCCGGUCCUGGAUACGGUUACCCUCCACCGCCACCACCAUAUAACGCCCACAAUACCUUUAACAACAAUAACCAUAACAACACCCCUCCACCAGGACCCAGCCCAGCCAACGGAUUCGGCUUCCAUCCAGGCCCCGCAAACAACAUGCACAUGAACACGAACAUGAACAUACCUCAACCCCAACCCCAUCCACCACGCAGCACCAUCCCCAGUGCCUUCGUCCUGCGCCAAUCCCCCACCACGCACAAAAUCAUCCUCAUCCACCCGUCCGGCACACCCGCCACCGCACCCCCGCUCUACUCCCUAACUUCAUCCCCCAAAGCCAGCAAAGCAGACUACGUGCUCGCGCGGGGCGCCGACCCAAACAACGCUUCCGCACUCGUGGGCGAAGUCAAGUCACACACAUUCAGCAGUAAAUACGAUCUCAUCGUGCGGGGGCAGAAGUGUCUGCUGAAAGAGUCUACGAUGGGCGAUAGCUAUACGAUCGAUAUCCCUGGGAGGGGGAGGUACAAGUGGGUGACGGAUCAGGAGAAGAUGAGUUCGAAGAUGUGGUUGAAGGAUGAAGGGAAGAGUAGGGUGUUUGCGACGUAUGAUAAGAGUCGGGGGCCGUCGAGCGUGGGGAGCUGGAAGAAGUUUGUUGGGGGCAGAGAUCGGGAGUUGGUGCUUGAGUCUGCGGUGCAGGGGGAUGAGUUUUUGGUGGAGGUUUUGCUUGUUAGCAUUUAUGCUGUCAAGAUGGCUAAGGAGGGGGCUUUGGAAGCUGCUGGGGAGAUUGUCGGUGCGCUUGCAGGGGCUUGA